GCUCUUUUCGCGAGAAUAUAUACAUUCAUUCAUAUUGAAAAACACAGACGAUAUUUAAACAUGUUCAAGAACAAAAUUUUAAGAAAAAGACUCCCCGUUACGUUUUGAAACAUAUGUGGGGAACCCCCAUGGCGAGUUGUAGUCAGUUUUGAGAUUAUAAUAAAAUUUUAAGCUGAAAAUAUGAGUUGGUAAAGUGCUUUUGAUUACAAAUAAGCCGCCAGCCAUGGAGCUAAACGUAGAGGUUGUUGAUCGAAUAGUUGAACGACUUAAAACAAAUGGAAUUUUUGACGAAAUGCGACGAGAUUGCUUGGCGGACAUAGACACAAGGCCAGCAUUUCAAAACUUGAAGCUUCGUAUUGAAAAUUACGUCACAUCCCUUUUAUCUGCUGAGGUUUGGACACCAACACUAAAUAAAAAUCAACUUCGAUCUAAAGUUCGAAUGUCAGUCAUGCAAUCUGGAAUGUUGAACACAGGUGUUGAAUACAUUCUACACCAAGUUGUGGAUUCAAAGAUGUAUUCGGAGUUUCUCCCAAAGAUUGUGGAGUUCAUGCAAGAUAAUAAGGAUUUGGUCCAGAUAAAAAAAGAAGAGCCUGAAGAAACGAUUAUGGAUGAAAAUAUUAAAGAAGAAGAAGAACAACUUCCUCCACAGGAGGAAGAGGAGUUUAAUCCAGGAGUGGUUGAAGAUGUUGAGAAUGUGGAGCAGCCUCCUGAUCCAAAGGAAGAGGAGAGAAGUGAGGAAGAAGGGAAAGAAGAGAUAGAGAAAAAAGAAGAAGAAGGCAAUUCUCCUGAAUCUUCAAGUCCCACUGCACCAGCAAUACCUGAAGGAGCAGCGAAUACUUUACGUAAUCUACUCCAAACCCUGAUGGCAAGCAAUCUACAAAAUCUUGUUGCACCUGAAGAAGAAGAAACUUCAAAUGUUGUUGCUGAGGAAGAAAAAACAGGCAACUCCCCUUCUAUUGAUCCGGCCCAGAUUGAAGCUUUUACUGAUGAUGAGUCGGAUCAAACUGAACCUGUCAAUCAAACACAACCUGUCAAUCAAAGUAAAGAUGAAGUUGAUGAAACGAAUGUUGAAAUUGAGAGUUACGAACCAAAGACUCCAUCGCAAGUUAUUUCUCCCUAUUCAGGGGAUUCCCGAGAUAGUGUGCAUGAAACAAUAGAUAACACUGAGGAGGAAAUUGAGGAAGUUGAAGAAGUGGAGGAACUGCAAGAGGUUGAUUCAUCACAGGAAAUAGAAGAAGAUCAAGAAGAAGUACAGGAAGAUCAAGAACAAGAAGAACUACAGGAAGAAUAUGAACAAGAAGAAGAACAGGAAAUAAUUGUAGAGGAACAAGAAGAAGACAUUGUCCAAGAAGAGGAAGUUGCUUCUCCUGGGGAGGAGGGAGAGCAGGAGCAAGAGGAGGAGGAGGAGGAGGAAAAAGAGGAAAAAGUUGGAAAAAGUAAAUCUCAUAAAUCUCGAUCAAAACGCGAAAAGAAGCGAAAACAUAAACGACGGAAACGACGCCAUCGUAGUUCAAGUUAUGAGAGCAGUAGUUCAGGUCGCAGGUCAUCUGAUUCUGAACGAAGUUUCUCAGUGUCUCACAAGAAACAUAAAAAGAAAAAGGGAAAGGAGAAAAAGAAAAAAAAAUCUCGCGGCCGUGAUUCGAGUGACUCUAAACGACCGGACUCACCUACUGAGUUCCACAGGUUAAGUACAUCUCCUCACCACAGUCAUAGAUAUUCACCGCAGCAUCAAGCUAUGCAGUUCCAUGAAGAUAGAAAAGAUCCUGUGUUUCCACCAAGUUCAUCACAGUUCAGGCCUUCAUACCCGGGUGAUCACCAUGAGGGGAUUCACCCGAUGGAAGCUGCGUUUCACCCACGUUUUUCACCCCCACAUUACCCCAACCAUCGCAACUCACCACCCCACUUUCCACCGCCUAGGUUCGGACCCCAAUUUAACCCCUCCCGACCCCGAAUGCCACCCCAUUUCCAUAUGCGGGGAGGCUCGCCACACCGAUACAGCCCCACUUUCGAUUACUUUCACCCAAGACCGGGGUACGACCCCCAGCGGUCCCCCCCACCCAAUAGAAGGUUCUCGCCCCCACCUAGAUUUAUGGGGCAUUUCCCCCCCGGCCCCAUGCGUCCCUUUUCACCUGAAGACCACCCCAGAUUACGACACAUGGGGCCCCCUAACUAUCACGGGACACCCCCGAGACCCCCAAAUGACUUACACCACCCGAUGAGAUAAAAAAUUUAUAAAAUAAUAAUUUGCAACAUCGCAAUUUUUAUAAAAUGACACAACUUUUUGACUUCUUCUUCUUCUGCUCCGGAUCCCUUGCUCCUGGAUGCGGAAUCUCCGUCUGCUUGUUCAGGAUCAGCUCCCGCAACCUCCGGAAGCAAUAUUGGAUCCCAUCCAAGUCCAAACCAACAUCCAGAGUAUCAGUCCUCCCAUUUAAGAAGUCUUGAAUAAGUUGAUCAAGCUCAUUUUCCUCCAAAUGAACAGCAGGAGCAUCCGUGCUCGUUUUUGAUCCAAUCUCCUCCCUAAGGAUAGAGAUGAAAAAGAUGAUCCUGUUCAAGUUUUAAAAAAGAGGUGGGAAACUAUGAUUGAAACCAAAUUGCAUGUAAGGCAAGCAUCUCUGGCUUACAUAUUGGGUUAAACAGGAAUUUACAAAGGGAAGUCCAACUCUAUUUUAGAACAUUUAUGCGCAACCCACAAACGAAAUAUGUGGCACUUAAAGCAGUUAUUUUAUGCCUUAAUAACAUAAAGGGAGGGCCCAUACCCUUUGAAUACACCCCUUGACCCAAUAUAUAAUGUUUGAAUCUAUUUGGUCCCCUCCAGCAUGUCUCCAUUUUCUGUGUAGUGUUAUAGGAGUCCUAUGGUUUUUUCGAUUUGUAACAAAACAGAUUGUGCCAUUACUUCUUAACCCCCUUUAAAAUGCCUAAACUGCAAUCAUGAUUAAACAUUUAUUUCUAUUUAAUAAUGAAGUCAAAAAUUGAACUAUUGCAAAUCUGGUUUUUCUGUUCGUUAUAAAAGAUAACAUAUGAAAA